AAAAGCAACAGAGAUAAUAACAGAGAGAAUGUGAUUGGAAAACCUGAUGUUCUUCAGCGUGUCCAUUGUCACAGGUAUGGAGGGGGUGAACAUGGACCGAGGCUUCUUCAGGAAGGUGGACGUGCCGGACCAUGCACACUAUAUCGUGGCUUUCUUCGUGGCGGUCAUUGGGGCUGUGGGAGUCAUGGGGAACGCACUGGUCAUGUACGCCUUUUUCUGUAACAAGAAACUACGGACUCCACCCAACUACUUCAUCAUGAACCUUGCUGUGAGUGACUUCCUCAUGGCCACCACCCAGUCACCCAUCUUUUUCGUCAACUGCAUGUACAAGGAGUGGGUGUUCGGUGAAAUAGGGUGUAAGAUGUAUGCCUUUUGUGGGGCUCUGUUUGGGAUCACUUCCAUGAUCAACUUGUUGGCCAUAUCCAUCGACCGCUACAUAGUGAUCACCAAGCCUCUGCAGGCCAUCCGGUGGACGUCAAAACGCCGGACACUCCUCAGCAUCCUGCUGGUGUGGCUGUACUCUCUAGCCUGGAGUCUGGCACCUUUACUGGGAUGGAGCUCCUAUAUCCCAGAGGGCCUCAUGACGUCUUGCACAUGGGACUAUGUCACCUCUACUCCGGCUAACAAGAGCUACACCCUUAUGCUGUGCUGCUUUGUGUUCUUCAUCCCCUUGGGGAUCAUAUCCUACUGCUACUUCUUCAUGUUUCUGGCUAUACGUAGCACAAGCAGAGACGUGGAGAGGCUGGGGACCCAUGUGCGGAAAACCACACUGAUCCAGGAGCAGUCUAUAAAGACAGAGUGGAAGCUGGCGAAGGUGGCCUUUGUGGUCAUCAUUGUAUAUGUGCUUUCCUGGUCACCCUACGCCUUUGUUACGCUCAUCGCCUGGGCAGGGUAUAGCAGUAUCCUAACACCAUAUUCGAAGGCGGUGCCUGCAGUCAUAGCCAAAGCAUCAGCCAUUUAUAACCCUAUCAUCUACGCCAUCAUCCACUCCAAAUACAGGAACACUCUGGCUGAGAAGAUUCCAUGUCUCUACUUCCUGGCUAAGCCUCCAAGAAAGGAAUGUGUCUCCGUUUCCAACAGCGAGUCGUCCUUCAGGGAAUCUAUGCUCAGUAGGCAGUCAUCAGGGUCAAAGGCCAAGUUCCAGCGAGUGUCCUCUAUGUCCACUGGUGACACAGUUUGGAGUGAUGUAGAGUUGGAUCCGAUGGACCAGCAGACUCAUUCGCUCAGAAACUCCCACUCAACCAACCUGCUGAGAGAAAUGGAGCGAAGGCAUCAGCUUCAGCAGGGGAAGGCCAAGAACUACCUGGCUCAAGAAAAGCUAGCCAUCCCAGAGAGUGUCUCACCGAGCAACUGUGACCAGGGUAAGGUCAACAUGGCCUCCAUGCCCCUCCUCACGCUAAAGGAGAGCCCAGGAGGAGAUCAGAAGGAAGAAGAGGGACAACAGGAACAGACCACCCCAAACACAGGGCCUGCCUUUUACGAGGACACGGAUACAGAGGAGAGCAGCCUGGUGGAGGGCACUAGGCACAAUGAGGAGAAACAGGAGGCCAAGACCAUAGAGGACAACCUGAUGCUGGGCCUGAAGAGCUUGAACUGUUCCACAGAGUUUCUGGAAGCUGUGGAGAAGUUCCUCUCCUGA